AUGUUCCUUCCUUACUACUCAGCUGACAUUUUUCUUACUAUAUUUCUUCUUACUACUCAGCUGUCUUUUUUCUUCUUCAUUAUGAUUCCUCUUAUUUUCUUACCAUCUGUCUUUUUUUCUUCGCUUUAUAAUUUCCUCGUAUUUUCUUACCAUGUUCCUUCCUUCUACUCAGCUGACAUUUUCUUACCAUGUUUCUUCCCUUACUACUCCUGUCUUUUUCUUAUAUUUUCUUCCCUCUCAUCUUAUUUUCUUACCAUGUUUCUUCCUUACUACUCAGCUGUCAUUUUUCUUUUAUGUUUCUUCCUUACUACUUAUCUGUCUUUUUCUUACCUUCAUUAUAAUUUUUCUUAUUUUCUUACCAUUUCCUUCCUUACUACUCAGUUGACAUUUUUCUUACCAUGUUUCCUUCCUUACUACUCAGCUGUCUUUUUCUUACCUUCAUUUCUUCCUUACUAUUUUCUAUGUUUUUCUUACUACUCACUUCAUUAUGUUUUUCUUCCUCUUAGCUGUCUUUUUUCUUACUUCAUAUUUUGUAUUUUCUUACAUGUUCCUUCUUACUACUUGACUGACAUUUCUUACUAUGUUUCUUCCUUACUACUCAGCUGUCUUUUUCUUACGCUUCAUUAUGAUUCCCUCUUAUUUUCUUACCAUGUUCCUUCCUUACUACUCAGCUGA